UUCAACCAAUUACAUUUUUGCAAUAGCCUACAACUGCUGUCAUUUUUACAUAUUUUUAAGGAAAUGAAACCAGCAGACUACCUUGGGGUUUGUUAAAAACAGAUAGUCUUGGUUACAAAAUGAUUUGAUGUAUAAUGGCGAGCAAAAAAUGGACACCGGUCUGAUUCAGGAUGAGACACUAUUGAAACACACGAGACAAGAGAAGAUGGGUGUUCUCAACACAAAGUUGAGGAGGGGGAGGGGAAACAAUGGAGUUCCAUGCAGUCAAAACCGACAGAGAAAACCUUCGACUGAGGCAUCGGCAAAUACUGACACUGAUAAAAUAUCACAUGUAAAUAACGUGAUGGACAACAAUGCCAAGGGGAGCCUUAAGAGGCAGAAGGAUAGCAGCAGGAAAAAACACCUGUUUCCAAGCCCAGCAGUCUUCAGCCAGAUUGAUGCUCAUGCCAUCAAGGCUGGAGAGGAGCUGAGGAGAAAGAGGAUCUUCUCUGUGGAGGCCAUCACUCAAGCUAUCACUGUGGGUGCAGUGACUGACCUGCAAAAGUUAAGGGCUAUCUGGAUCUGGCUGUGCCACAACAUUGAGUAUGACGUAAACGGAUACUUGGGGAUGACUGAGAUGAUAACUUCAAUUGAGCAGGUCGUCGAGACUCGCCGAGGCGUCUGCUGUGGAUACGCCAGGUUGUGCAAGAAGAUGUGCAGUGAGGUUGGGAUUGAGUGCCGGGAGGUGAGUGGUCACAGCAAAGGUGGCAGCUACCGGCCCGGUCUUCAUGCCGAACCCACCAAGUCUAACCACGCUUGGAAUGCAGUGCGUCUCCAGGGGAACUGGUACCUGCUGGACUCAUGCUGGGGGGCAGGGACCGUGGACUUGACCAAAAGAGUCUUCAAUAAAUGCUACAAUGAGUUCUACUUCCUGACAGACCCAGAUAUGUUCAUAAGUGACCACUUCCCAGACGAGGUGGAGUGGCAACUCCUCACGGAGCCUCUCUCACUGGAGGAGUUCCGGAAAAGGGUCCAAAAAAAAUCACAUUUUUUCCAGCUGGGACUGACACUUCACCAUCCCACACACUUCUUGCUGAUCACAGAGAAUGGUGAGGCCACCAUUUCCAUGACUUUCCCAGAGCCUCUUGAGUUCUCCUACAAGAUCUGGCAGCGCAAUGGCAAUAUUCUGUAUAGAGAGCUGAGCACCUCUGCUGCUCUCCUCACCGUCACCACCACUAACAUGAAGCUGCGGCUUCGGCCCCCGACCCAGGGGACGUUCGACAUAACUGUGUUUGCUCGAACAGCCAACACAUCUGGCAAGCUCCACGAGGUUUGCAACUUCCUACUGGAAUGUCCCAAGCCUUCUCCUUUAGAUAGCUUCCCCGAGAACCCAUCCAAGUCCUGGGGUCUGAAUCAGAACGCAAAGAUCAUGGGGCUCAAACCAUGCCAAUAUCAGGGUGAGAUCAUGCUGGAGUCUGCCACUUUUGAGAUGGUGCUCCAAACCAGCCGGCCUCUGAUGAUGCUGUGCAAGCUUUUCCACAAACACCUGGAUAAGGUGCUGGCCGAGAGAUGCGUGGCCACACAAAGUGAACCUGACCAGCUCAGCUGUCACGUUCUCUGCCCUUAUGUGGGCUAUUAUCGGCUGACAGUGUGUGUGAAGGACUGCGACAGCACUGGUAACUCAUACAGUCCUGCUGGCACGUUCCUCCUGCAUUGCACAGGCAGUGCUGUCAUUAACAUCAAUAAACUCUUUCCACCUGGUCUGAGCAGUAAUUGUGGGCCUGGCAAUGACACGCUCAAAGCAGGUCUUGCUGAUUUCAGCCACACCAGGGCCAUAAUAAACACUCAGCAGGGGCAAUGCAGCAUCACAUUUCGCAAUCAGCACAGUUUGAAACUUCAAGCUGAUCUGUCCAGACAGGAGCGUCCGCAACCCAAGUACCCCCUUUCUCGCUACGUGCUCCUCUCCUGUGAUGAGGAAGACAUCACGAUCAGCGUGGCCCUGCCGGGUGCAGGGGUCUACCGACUCAGCCUGUUUGGUGGACCUGCGACCUCUGCCUCUUUAUCCCACAUAUGUGAUUACUUGCUGCGGAGUGACUGGGACAGUGUCUGGCCUCCAUUCCCCGAGAGCUACUCGACCUGGAAUGCCGGAUGUGUUCUCUUCGAACCACGCACGGGUCAUUUGGAGCCCAAGUCCAAGGUGCGUUUCUGCGUGAAAGUCCCCAGGGCGAUAAAAGUGAACGUCAUAGGACAGGACCACACGGAGCUGCAUCUCAACCAGAAGAGCCAGAUGUGGGAGGGGGAGGUGCACACCAGCACUGUCCCCCAGCUCAAACUCGCCGCCAGCUUUCCAGGGGGAGCACAGGGAAAGAUGGACAUCCUGCUGUGCUUUGACGUCCUCAGGACACCAAAUGGAAUGAGAUGAGAAGGUGGAGCACCUGCCUGUUAAUCUGUUAAUUCGCCAAAUGAUCAAGGCACUGUUAGGUUUAAUUUGUGUGCGUUACUGUACAUUAGCAUCACCUUUCAUCAUGUAGUAGGCCCAUCACCAUCUUAAUAAUUAGGUUCCUUUUUCUGACCUUGGCCUUGCCAUUCUCUUACAUGUGAUAAAACACAUCUUAGUUUUAAA